UCUGUCAAAAGGAGAUUUUUUUGAUUUCGAAAUUAGUUGUCAAUUUGUAUGGGACAAGACCACCUGAUAUUCAUACACUUUGGUUUAAAAAACCGCCGAACGGCACAGGUACCAGAAAUCGCACCCCAUUAAAUGUUUCGAGAGUGCUAGGUGUCGAUCAAAAGUUUCCAUUAUGAAAGAUAUAACGUUUAUUUCUUCGAGUUAUAUUUCCCUCCGCGAAGCGUUCCUCAGCGUGCCUGUACCGGCGAAUCAGUUCAGCCUUCUAAUGCCCACGCAGGACAAUGAACUCGCUGGAUGUGAAACGUUGGACGAUAUUUACGAAGUGUGUGCAUUGCACAGUUUAAACUGCAGCUUGGAUGAGUUCCAGGUGAUAGACAAGCAACUGUUAAAUUGCAUUUUUGGAACGAAAUUUUCCACCCAUUUGCUCGGUGGCGGCCUCAAUAAGUUCAGUCUGUCAGAGCCAGCUGUAGUCACCAAAGCCAAGGAGCAAACGGUGUGCAAAACGCGCACCAUCGCUGGACGUCCUUCGUGGCGCAUUUCACUGGGUACGAAGCUAGACCCAAAGCCAGCAUCAGCUGCCAAGCUACCGGAGUGGUUAGUUGGAACGGAUCGUCAGAAACUUUACAAUAUGGAAGCACUAGACGGUACCGGAAAACGGCUUGACCUGAUGCUCAUGGGCGUAGGCGAGCCGAAAGUGUCCCGUGAGAAUGGAACGGAUCCACUGAAAAUGCAGUCCGCUCGGAUUGCAUCGCUGCUGCCAGUGUUGCUGCUACUGCUGCUGGCAGCCCUGGCCGAUGGAUGGCCGUACCCGCGACCCCUGCCACAGAACCUACGCCGACUGCCGAGGCGGAACGACUUCGUUGCCUACAAUUUGCACCGCGUCAUACGCCCGCGGGACGUUAACGAUCUGGACGUCGACCAGGCACGGAAGGCCAUGCACGAUGUGCACGAAACGAUCGCCGAAGUGCAACGACUUUUGGCCCUCGAUCCUUCGCUUCCCAGGCUAACAAGGGGAGAAAUCGAGGAACUGUUUGAAAAUGUGACACGAGAAGAGUUUGCCAAAUCGCUCCGCGCCGGCGACCAUAAUCGGGCCCAGCACAUGCGUGCCCUUAUGUUGGUGCUACCCUACCACACCAACAAUAUGUCGCCGGAAAAUAUGCAAAAAAUCUACACCCGGCCACCGGUGACGCGCAUCGUUGGGGCUGCUUCCCCAGACAUGAAAACGGGCGCCACCGAUACGUUCCCGGUGACGCCGGCAAGAUCUGUAGCGACCACCACCACGACGGCACCAACGGUACCACCGCGUAUUACCACGACCGCUGCCAUCCCGGUAACGACGAUCCGAUUUACAACUCCUCGUCCAACCACCUUCCAUCCGACACUCCCGGAGCGGAUGCGUGAUGCCUCCUUCCGGAAGGAGAAUGUGAACGAUCUUCUUGCAUCGAUCGGACUGACCCAAAGCUCGGAGGAACUUUCGACGCCGCCAACGUUCCGUCCACUGCCCGCCACGAUGACGACGAUACCGCCUUCCCUUCCAGCCGUACCGGCAACCGCUGACGACACCCUGAACAAUGCGAUCAAUGUGGAUGAUCCGAAGGUGGCACAGGAACUGAAGGAGCUGCUGCGUUCGUUCGGUUUGCUAAAGGAAGCGGACAGCGAUGCCAGUGCGAAUAGUCCACAGCCACACGCGGAACGUCUGGUGGACAUUCAGCCAUCGGCGCUGGUCCUGCACGAACCGUUGAAGGUGGAAGAAUCUACACCUUUUACGGUCGAGGAAUCGAAACAACCCGCUAUCGAGAUUAAAACGGGAGGACUAACACAGGCGAACGUAAAGCCGGAUGACUACGUCGCCUUUAAGCCUCUAUCGAUCGGAUCUUCCACGGACGAUGGUGACGAUGCUAAGCCAAUAGACGAAGAGCUGGACGCACUGCUCAAGUCUUUCGGUCUGCUAGGCCCGGGCGCUCGUAACAAAAAGUCAAUGCAUCCGGAACCAACGCAAAAACCACCGAUGGUAAUGAACUCGGUCCCGUCCAUCGAUGCCGACCUGGUUGCACCCCAGCUAAUGUCGGUGCUGGACACGCUCGGCAUACAGAUGAAGCCCUCCGGGGGCUUACCCGCAUCGACGGGAACGACCACCCCAGCGCCAUUGGUUCGACGGCGUGAGAAAACACCCCGCAAACUGGACCCACCCGCCGACCAAACGCCAUCGGCCGCCAAUUUCCGUGUCAGCAACGAAGACUACCGCAAGCUGGAGCAGCUGUGGCAGACGGUGAAGCAGCUCGAGCAGCUGAAUGCAACGCUGACGGACGAUUCGCUCGACGUGCUUAACCCGAAGCACUACGAUCUCAGCCCGUCGCUGCUUGCCCAGGGUCCGGAUCCGCUGCUCGAAGGCUUGGACGCACGGGAACGGCUGAACGAGAUCAAGAAGCGCCAGGAACCGGCCACCACCAGUACGGUUACCGCAGAGGUACAACCGAAGGACGAUGAAACAUCGGUCACGGAAAGCGACAGUCCGACCCGGUUUAGCUUGCAGCUUAACACGAACGCAGGCGGUAGCGAUGACACCGAACAGGUGGUGCAGCCAACGGCGACAACGGAAGCCACAGAGGUGGUAGACACGACGACAACGAACGAGCCCACUACCACGACCAGCACCAGCACGACGACGGAAAGUGCCCGCAGUGCUGCCCUGGAGGACUCGUUCCCCUCGUCCGAUCUGGCCGGUGAUCCCGUGAAUGAGGAACCGCUGCCGCCACCGCGCCGCAAUGGGUUCUACUUCCUGUACGACUGGAACACGUUCCUGGAGGUGGGCGAAGAGCCGAACAAGGUCAUCAUUCGGUACAACCCACGGGCGGGAGAUCCUAGCCGCUUCCUACCGGUCACCGUGCCGUAGAGGGGGUGUGUUCCGGUGAACGUUCCGGACUGCAUCGAGAGCCCGGGGUUGUAAAAACGCGUAAAAGUAAACGGCGGGAAAAGGAUGCAAAUAGCUCUUCCUUCGAGGGGUUCCGCAAGCAAGCGUGUGUACAUAGUAUAGAUCCCUUCCUUGUGUGUACGUUUAGUAGAGAUGAGAUGUAGGAACUAAAUUAACACGUUUUAUUUAUUAUUCUUCUUUCCGCGAACGGACGGAAAGGAGGGUGGCUUCAGGUACUAGUUAAGAAGUUAAGAAGGCAGAUUUCGCAUUGCACAGCAGCAGCGGCGGCGGUGGGUAUGACCAAUAACUAGGCUUUACGGAUACGGGACAAUAGAAGAAGGAGCUGGAGUUGUAUAUCUCCCCGUCGAGAUGUAGAGAGGGCAAGGACAGAUGAUUUUAAUGCCCUCUUACUUAUCGUGCACUCUAACGAUCCUCGUUUUUUGUAUAGAAACACACCGAUCUAGUUUGAAAUAGGGAAAAUAAAGAGAAUACAUUUAA